UAACAUAUAAUGUAUAUUAUGUAUACAUGUAUUUUAAAUAUAUUUAGAUAUAAUUAUAUAUUUAAUAUAGAUUUAUAUAAAAAUAUAAAUAUUUAUAGAUUUAUAGAUUUACAUAUGUUAUUUGUAUAUAUUUAUGUAUUUAUGUAUUUAAUUAUUAUAAUUAUUUAAUUAUACUUUUAUACACUUUAGUACAUAAGGUAUAGAUUAAAAGUUACUUCUUUUAUGCAUUUAUUAAGUAUAUAAUUUAUUACAUAUUAAAUAUAUAAUGGUGCUUGGUUAUAGAACUAUAUAUCAAUACUGUAUGCACAUGGAUGUAUCCAUACAUACACAUAGUGCUUAGAACACAUUAAGCUCUAUAUAAAUGCAAAGGCAUGUAGUCUUGAAAGAAGAAAGCAAGUUGGGGCAUGGCAAGUCACAAGGCUUGGCAGGCACACGUUGAUGAGCCGUGGGUAAACUUUAAAGAUGGUCGAGGCUAACAUCCCCCGACCUUCCUAAGGCAUGUUGCUGGAGUUGGUUCUUAAUAAACGUUUGCUGAGAGCUUUGUAAGCAUGGAUUGGCCUUCCCAAAGUAUGCUUUUCCCCCUCUUCAGUCUGAUUAUAAGAGAAAAUAUUGUAGGGAAACAUGCAUUUCCUCUCCUCCUGUCAUUUCCUAUGGUUAGCUGUGUAACCUCCGGGCUCUAAAAAAGACUCUACAUUCCUGAAUUUAAAGUAGCUUACAUAAUUAUUUUCUUAAGUGUGCCUGAGAAAACAGUUGGCCAAGCAGCUUUUUUUUUUUUUUUUACAUCACUCUGUUCUUAAGAGUCCUUUGCAGUUUUUAUCUGAAGGACAGUUGUUUGAGUUAGUGACCUGUAAUGGUAGAGGGGAGAAAGGUGAAUGCGCACCACAGGUUGGAGAGCCCCUGUCUUCUCCAGAUCAUGUGGUGUGCCCUAUGCAAGCUGUCUAGCCUUGCCUCACCUCUGAACCAGACCUUUCAGAGGAAUGUGGGCUUCUUUCUACAGUGUUCACAGAGGUGAGAGGGAGCAGACUGGGAGGAUAUAAUGUGGGAAAAUAGACUUUUAAACAAUUCUUGAAGAUGAUCAUGGCAAAGUAAUCAAAAAAAAAAAAAAAAGAGAAAGAGAGAUAGAGAACACAUAUUUCCAGCCAAGACAUUAGCAAAAACUUCUUCAAAAUUCCCAAAGUCAAUACUGAGUCAACAUACAGUGAUUUCUGUGGCCAGCAGCCAGCUAGAGAAAGAACAAGAGCCUCUAAAUGGAGAGUGCCAGAUUCCCAAGGAGCCUACUCUGCCCACUCAGGGCAGAAACUGGGAAUUAGGAGCCCCAUUCUCUGAUUUUCUCUAGGUCACUAAUUUCGCUGUACAGUGUUUGAGUUGUCACUCUUUCUGUCUUAUUUUCUUCAUCUCUAAAAGAGAGGUUUUGAUUAACAUAUUUCUAAGACCAUUUCUAAUUUAUAAAAUUUUGUGAUCUAGAACGAAUACCUUUUUUCAUAUGACCUUUUUAUUCAAACAUUUUUAAUUCUUUCCAUAUUGUGUCCAUGGACACAAAAUAAUAAUAAUGCAGUAAUAAAAAUCCUUCAUUUUGUGCCCACCUGGGGAUGCCAAAAAAAAAUCUUUAUUAUGUGAUUUUAAAAUACUGACCCAUCAGUAGAUUAUUUUUCAGUAUGAGAAUUUGAGCAGCUAAAAUUUUGCAGCUAACGCUUUGCUAAAUGUUAAGAAAACUACAAGAAGUUCAUUUUCAAGGAAUUAAUAAGCUGGAAAGGAGUAGACAUUCGCGUGUAAACUGGUCACUGAAAUGUUUCUGGAAAUGUCUCUUGAAGUUUGUUCAUCCCCAGACCUCCGAUUCAGUAUGGCUCUGUGUGAUCAGGAGAAGACUUUCAGACAACAGAGGAAAGAAAACAUAAAGGAAAACAUGAAGAAACUCCUGGGUCCAGAGAAGAGUGGAGGCCUGUAUUCUACGCGCGAUGUGCCUGUGGUGGCCAUACUGGGCUCAGGUGGAGGGUUCCGAGCCAUGGUCGGAUUCUCCGGUGUGAUGAAGGCACUAUAUGAAUCAGGAAUUUUGGACUGUGCUACUUACGUUGCUGGCCUUUCUGGCUCCACAUGGUACAUGUCAACCUUAUAUUCUCACCCUGAUUUUCCAGAGAAAGGGCCAGAGGAGAUUAAUGAAGAGCUAAUGAAAAAUGUUAGCCACAACCCCCUUUUACUUCUCACACCACAGAAAGUUAAGAGAUACAUUGAGUCUCUAUGGAAGAAGAAAAGCUCUGGGCAACCUGUCACCUUUACUGACAUCUUUGGGAUGUUAAUUGGAGAAACACUAAUUCACAAUAGAAUGAACACUACCUUGAGUAGUUUGAAGGAAAAAGUCAAUUCUGCACAAUGCCCUUUACCCCUUUUCACCUGUCUCCAUGUCAAACCUGAUGUUUCAGAGCUAAUGUUUGCAGAUUGGGUUGAAUUUAGUCCAUAUGAGAUUGGCAUGGCUAAAUAUGGUACUUUUAUGGCUCCUGACUUAUUUGGAAGCAAAUUUUUUAUGGGAACAGUUGUGAAGAAAUAUGAAGAAAACCCCUUGCAUUUCUUAAUGGGUGUCUGGGGCAGUGCGUUUUCUAUAUUGUUCAACAGAGUCUUGGGAGUUUCUGGCUCACAAAAUAAAGGUUCCACAAUGGAGGAAGAACUAGAAAAUAUUACAGCAGAGCAUAUUGUGAGCAAUGACAGCUCGGAUAGCGAUGAUGAAUCACAAGAACCCAAAGGCACUGAAAACGACGAUGCUAAAAGGGAAUAUCAAAAUGAUAACCAAGCAAGUUGGGUCCAUCGUAUGUUAAUGGCUUUGGUGAGUGAUUCAACUUUAUUCAAUACCAGAGAAGGACGUGCUGGGAAGGUACACAACUUCAUGUUGGGCUUGAAUCUCAAUACAUCCUAUCCAAUAUCUCCUCUGAAAGACUUUACCACACAGGAAUCGUUGGAUGAAGAUGAAUUGGAUACAGCUGUUGCAGAUCCUGAUGAAUUUGAGCAAAUAUAUGAGCCUCUGGAUGUCAAAAGUAAAAAGAUUCAUGUAGUGGACAGUGGCCUCACAUUUAACCUGCCAUACCCCUUGAUCCUGAGACCUCAGAGAGGAGUCGAUCUCAUUAUCUCCUUUGACUUUUCUGCACGACCAAGUGACUCUAGUCCUCCAUUCAAGGAACUUCUACUUGCAGAAAAGUGGGCCAGAAUGAACAAGCUUCCAUUUCCAAAGAUUGAUCCCAAUGUGUUUGAUCGAGAAGGACUGAAGGAAUGCUAUGUCUUUAAACCCAAGAAUCCUGACGUUGAGAAAGAUUGCCCAACUAUCAUCCACUUUGUUCUGGCCAACAUCAACUUCAGAAAUUACAAGGCACCAGGUAUCCCAAGAGAAACUAAGGAAGAGAAAGAAAUAGCUGAUUUUGAUAUUUUUGAUGACCCCGAAUCACCAUUUUCAACCUUCAACUUUCAAUAUCCAAAUCAAGCAUUCAAAAGGCUGCAUGAUCUCAUGUACUUCAAUACCCUGAACAACAUUGAUGUGAUAAAGAACGCCAUAGUUGAAAGCAUUGAAUACAGAAGACAGAAUCCGUCUCGUUGCUCGGUUUCUCUUAGUAAUGUUGAAGCAAGACGAUUCUUCAACAAGGAAUUUCUAAGCAAACCUGCAGCAUAGUUUGUGUUGUGGAAAGGGUAGCAAUUUCUGAAGCUGAGGCAGUUUGAAAUGCCAUUACUACUGGAUUUGAAAACACAGUAUAGAUGUUAGUACUGAUCACAAGAGACUGGCUGAUACUCAAAGUUGAAGUUACUUAGCCGCGUGAGAAUUAUACUGUUAUAAAUUUGUUAGGUUGGCAGAUGAUGUGAUCAUGUAAAAUUAUGCUCAGCUACAUUCUCUGUCAGUAUGAAUUUCCUGAUGCAAAUGUAGGGACAUACACUGUCGCUAAGACAUUCCUCACCAACUAUCUUAUGUGUCCUCUUUUUAAAAAAUUGUUUUAAGAAUCUUUAACGGUUCAGUCUCAAUAAGUAAGAUUUCGCAUUGUGUGUAAAUGUUAUUCACUGACUGGAUUUAUUCAUACCACGAGACAACACUAUUUUUUAUUUAUAUUAUGCAUACAUACAUACAUGAAAUAAAUACAUCAAUAUGCAAUUAACAUAACAGAUUUUUUGUUUAUUUUUAAUGGGGUAUUGCACUGUAAACUAUGAAACAUUCUCAGAUUCAAAGGUUUCGAACACAAAAGUUGUUAAUCUUAACUGGUAAUGUGAAACGUAUCAUUUUAAAUCAUGGUUAUUUUUCUUAAAGGAGAAAACAUGUAAUCUGUUGAACAAAUGGUAUGCAUUUAUUCAUCAAGUAGAAAAAAAAUGUAACUUCUUCUAGUUUAAUACUUUACUUUGUUGAGAUUAUCUUGGACUGUUUGCCCACCAGAGAACAGUUGACCUCAGAGAAAAAUCCAGAAGAGUAGCAUAGGCUGUAUCUGGAAGUCUUGGCUUAGGGACAGUCUGUAUCGCAUGACAGUGGUUUCUGUUCCCAUUGAACUGCUAAGGUUCAGGGUUGGUGUAAACCUAAGGAGAAACCAACAUAGUAAAGAAACUCACCUGUCUUGGUUAUCUUGGUUAUUGUCAGUCAUCUCCACUGGAAUGUAAGGUCCUUGAGGGUGGGGACUUUUGUCACUUUUGUCCACUGCUGUAUCCCCAGAUGCUGCAGCAUGUCUGAUGAUGUGUACUGGGCACCAGUUUCUUGUAUGCAUAAAUCAGCCAAGGAAAGAAUGUUCCCUUCUUCUUUGUUAUUGUUUCUUUAUCUUUCCUCACACGUAUGAAUGUGAAUAAAAGGUGAUCGAAAAAAGACAAAUGAAUAGAGAACGUAAAGAAAGGUAAUUCAAAGAAGGAAGAAUGAAUGUCCAAUUAUUAGCACCAUUUAUUGAAGAGACUGUCUUUUCUCCAUUGAGUAUUCUUGGCUUCCUUGUCAAAUGCUAAUUGAUUAUAUAUGCUUGGGUUGAUUUCUGGGCUUUCGGUUCUGUUCCAUUGGUCUCUUUGUCGGUUUUUAUGCCAGUACCAUACUGUUUUGAGGACUAUAGCUUUAUAGGGUAACUUGAGGUCAGGAUGUGUGAUGCCUCCCGCUUAGUUCUUUGGAUUUCUUUGGCUAUUCAGGGUCUUCUGUGCUUCCAUAUAAAUUUUAGGAGUGUGUUUUCUACUUCUGUAUAAACACUACUAGAAUCUUGAUAGGGAUUGUACUGAAACUAUAGAAUCUGGUAGUAUUGACAUUUUAACAAUAUCAACACAGGAUGUCUUUCUAUUUAUUUAGAUUUUUUUUUUUACAUCAGUGUCUUCUGGUUUUCAGAGUAGACAUUUUUUUACCUCCUUAGUUUACUUCUAAGUAUUUUAUUGUUUUUGAUACUACUGUAAUGGGAUCAAUUUAUUUCUUUUUAAGAAAAUGUGUUGUUAGUGUAUAGAAAUGCUACUGAUUUUUGUGUGUUAAUUUUGUAUUCUGAAACUUUAUUUUUUUUUUAGUUUUUUAAUGUUUAUUUUUGAGAGAGAGAGAGAGAGAGAGAGCAAGUGAGUGGGGGAGGGGCAGAGAGAGAAGGAGACACAGAAUCCAAAGCAGGCUCCAGGCUCUGAGCUGUCAGCACAGAGCCUGACGCAGGGCUUGAACCCACAAACCGUGAGAUCAUGACCUGAGCCGAAGUCAGAUGUUAACCAACUGAGCCACCCAGGCGCCCCUCUGAAACUUUAUUUUGUACACUGCAAUGGAAUUCAUUGAUUAGAGCUUUUUUUUCUUGGUUGAGUCUUUAGGAUUUUCUGUAUAUAAAAUGCCAUCUGCAAAGAGACAAUUUUACUUUUUCCUUUCCAAUUCUGCUACCUUUUAUUUAUUUUUCUUGCUUGAUUGCUCUAGCUACAACUUCUAGUACUAUAUUGCAUAGCAGUGAUAAGAGUAGACACACUUGUCUUGUUCCUGUUCUUAGAGGAAAAGCUUUCAACCUUUUACCACUGAGUAUGUUAGCUGUGAGUUUGUCAUAUAUGGCCUUUACUAUGUUAAUAUAUGUUCCUAAUUAUGCCUAAUUUGCUAAGAAUUUUUAUCAUGAAUAAAUGUUCAGUUUGUCAAAUGCUUUUUCUGUGUCUAUUGAGAUGAUCAUAUGUUUCUUUUCUUUCAUUCUGUUAAUGUGAUGCAUCACAUUGAUUGAUUUGCAUAUGUUCAACCAUCUUUGCGUCUCAGGGGUAAAUCCCACUUGAUCAUGGUGAAUGAUCCUUUGUAUGUGAUGUUAAGUUCAGUUUGCUAGGAUUUGAUUGAAAACUUUUGUAUUUAUAUUCAGCAGGAUAUUUUUUUGAUCAGCCUGUAGUUUUCUUUUCUACUAGUGUUCUUUUCUGGUUUGGUAUCAAAAUAGUACUGGCCUCAUAAAAAGAGUUUGGGGGUGUUCCCUCCUCUUUGAUUUUUUGAAAGAGUUUGAGAAGGAUUGGUGUUAAUCCUUCUUUGAUGUUUGGUAAAAUUCACCAGUGAUGCCAUAUGGCCCUGGGCUUUUCUUCAUUGGGGGAUUUUGGAUUACCUAUUCCAUCUCCUUACUAGUAAUUGGUCUAUUCAGAUUUUCUAUUUCUUCCUGAUUCA